UGAUUUUGUAUAUUCAAGUUUGGUAAUUAUAUUAAUCGUAAAAUAUGGAAAUAACGAGAGACUUGAUUGCGAUGUGUUCAAUGGAAGCUUUGGAAUGUAGUGACUAGUGACUGACGUGGUAUGCCAACAGUGGACGUUUGACGAAUCGGUCAUACGGUGGCCAGUUGUGCGUAAAUGGAUCGCAGGUGGUGAAGAAACGAUUAUUUUACAAACAUUUUAAUAUUUUUUUUCUAUAUUUUCGGUGAAAAGAUUAAUUAAUUUUUACCAAAAUGGUGUUAUUAACAAUGAUUGCAAGGAUAGCAGAUGGUUUACCACUGGCAGCUACUAUGCAGGAAGAUGAACAGAGUGGAAGAAGUAUUUUAGAAUAUCAGAAUCAAGCAAAAAUGUUAUUUAGAAGAUUGGGGCCCCAAUCUCCAGCUAGAUGUACUAUAGAAACAGGUCCAUAUUUAUUCCAUUAUUUAAUUGAAAAUGAAGUAUGUUAUUUGGUACUAUGUGAAAGGAACUAUAGCAAACGGGCUGCAUAUAGUUAUCUUGAAGAUAUAGCACAAGAAUUUCAUUCUUUAUAUGGUAAACGUGUCAAUACUGUUACUAGGCCGUAUAGUUUUAUCGAAUUCAAUACAUACAUUCAAAAAGCAAAAAAGGUUUUUUUAGAUGGCAGGUCAAGAAGAAAUAUGAAUGCACUUAACACUCAACUACAGGAUGUGCAAAGAAUCAUGGUUCAAAAUAUAGAUGAUGUCCUGCAAAGGGGUACAGUUCUUUCAGAACUUGAUACUAAGACACAAAAUUUGACUAUGUUGUCACAAAAAUAUAAAAAAGAUGCAACUCAUUUAAAUAGCAAGUCCAUGUAUGUAAAGGCUGUGGCUGGACUUGUUGCAUUUUUAGUCUUCCUAGUAUAUUUUUUUAUUCUUUAGUUUUUUGAUAUAAUUGAUAAAAUGAUUAUGAUUAUGUAAAGACUAUUAAUGUUUUUCAUUACAUUAUUUUUCUAAAAUUGGCAAAUAUCUUUUUUUGUGAAUUUAGUUUUUCACAUAAGGUAUUUAAAUUUUAGAUUUAUUUGAAAUUGGAACAAUGUAUAUAUUACACUCAGAGAAAAAACUAGUCGCCAAGAAUAUAAUAAUAUUCAUACCAUUAAAGAUAUUGUUUCACAUAUUGCAAUAAAUAUAAUAAUUCUUUACAUAAUUAAGACAAUGUAUGACCAUCUUUGCUUUAGCUUAGUGAAGCAGUUCUCUAAAAAGACAAUAUGUACAGCUAUGAUUAUUGUUAUAUUAAAAAUGAUGUGAAUCUUAUUAUCUUUAUUUAUAAUCUAAAAAUUAAAAUUAU